CCCUAGGAGGCUGCCACCCCACGACGAAAUGCUCCCAUCCCCGGUAGUAGUAUAAAUCCGCGAAUCUGCCACCACCUUUCUGCGCCACCGAUCCUUUAGCCACGACGGCACCUGACCUGAUCAAUCCAUCGGAAGACCUUCUCGCCCACACACAGACAUGGACAUGGAGAUGGAGCAGAGGAUGAUGGGGUGCCAGAUCCCGGCGUUCGGGGUGUGGAACUACUGCAGCGACCUGCCCAUCACGCAGUACUUCGACCUCGCCAUGCAGGCCAGGCUGCUCAAGCGCCACCGCCGCUGCUGCGACGCCGGUGGCGGUGAACGCCGCCUCGUGCUCUUCGGCGCGUCGCCGUCUCCACGCAAGCCGCCCCAGAUCAAGGUGAUAAGGAGGGAAGUCGGGGAGAAGCAGAGCGACGGCGGCGAGCUGCUGCGGGAGCUGGACGGCGGCAUGGGAGGGAGGGUGGCUUCUGACAGCGCGACCAAGCGCGUGGCUGCUGCCGGGGCCGUGGACGAGGACCUCUACAAGGUGCCACGGCCGCUCGUAUACCAAAAACCUCGAAAGGUGGUCUGGAGUUUGUGGAUUGGGUGCCUGGGGCUUGACUGCAUCGCCUAACAAAACUGGAAACGGCUUAUCAUCUUCAAGCUUCAUCAGAAUAAUAGUGUGCCAUGAAUGCGUUACCUGCUCGAUUUGGCUGUACUUCUCUGUGCUCUACAACUAGCUUCCACUUAUCAACAGCACUGGUGUUCUAUAUAUAACGUUUUAUAAGCUUUCAAUAACACUGUACUGUCUGUAACUUGUGUGUGUAUUACUACCAAAGGAACAUAUCCUGCACUUU